GCAAGGACAGCCCGUGUACUCCAUCCCUCCCGGCGGCUUUCGGCACCCUUACCCCGCCCUCGCCAUGAACGCCUCCAUGUCCAGUUUGAUGUCCAGCCGUUUCUCCCCACACAUGGUCCCACCACCCACCCACGGGCUGCACCCCUCGGGCAUCCCACACCCAACCAUCGUCUCGCCUAUCGUGAAGCAGGAACCCACUCAGCCCAGCGUCAGCCCCGGAGGCAACUCGAAAUCCCCCGUCACUGUGAAGAAGGAGGAGGAGAAGAAACCCCACAUCAAGAAGCCACUCAACGCCUUCAUGUUGUACAUGAAGGAGAUGAGGGCCAAGGUGGUAGCCGAGUGCACGCUGAAGGAGAGCGCCGCCAUCAACCAGAUCCUGGGCAGACGGUGGCACUCGCUGUCGCGGGAGGAGCAGGCGAAGUACUACGAGCUCGCACGGAAAGAGCGGCAGCUGCACUCGCAGCUCUACCCCACGUGGUCGGCGCGGGACAACUAC